CAUGGGAUACACUAUCAUCAACCAAAUGUAUUUGCAUACACAGCCUCACUUGAUUAAUAUGUUUACCAAAUAUCCAUCACUAUCAUCAACCAAAUAUCUUUGCUUGCACAGGGUUGAUAUAUCUCGACUAUAAAUAUAUGUCAAGUGUUGAUCAUGUUAGCACAUAAACAUAAUAAAACCAUAUCAACAUGGAAUUCUUUCCACAAUUUCUACCAUUUUUAGGGCUUUUGCUUUCUGUUCUGAUCUUUCGUUACAAAACAACAAAGAAAAGAAAAACUAUCAAACUAGCAGCUCCAGAACCAUCAGGAGCAUUGCCUUUUGUGGGUCACCUUCACCGUCUUCACGCUCCAGAGCCCGUCGCAAGGAUACUAGCAAAAAUGGCAGAUGAUUAUGGGCCGAUUUACUCUUUAAGGCUCGGUAGCCAACGAGCCAUGGUUGUGAGCAGUUGGCAGAUGGUCAAGGAGUGCUUCACCACCAAUGACAGAUGUUUUGCAUCCAGGCCUAGUAUGGCAGUUAGCCGUUACAUGGGCUAUAAUAGUGCGGUUUUUGCACUCGCGCCAUAUGGACCAUACUGGCGAGAGAUAAGAAAGAUGGUCAUUUUAGAGCUUUUAACGAGCCAACGGAUUGAAAAGCACAAGAAUGUUCGUGACUCUGAGGCGAAAUACUUGGUUAACGAGUUCUACUCAUUAAUCCUGAAGAACGGACCCCGAAAAACGGUAGUGAACAUGACCAAGUGGUUCGAGCAUGUAACGUUUAAUAUCAUUGUACGAAUGUUAGCUGGAAAAAGGUUUUCUAGUGGUUGUAGUGAUGGGGGUAAUAAUGAAGACUUAAAGGUGAAAGAAGCCAUAAAGAAAGGGUUGUACUUAAGUGGAGUUUUUGUUGUGUCCGAUGUUAUUCCAAGUCUUGAAUGGAUGGACAUUGGAGGGCAUGUGAAAGCUAUGAAGCAAGCAGCAAAAGAGCUUGAUUUGGUCUUUGGAAAGUGGGUUGAUGAACAUGUUGAGAAGCGUAAAGAGUGUGAUAGCGAUAAAGAUUCAGAUUUCAUGGAUGUGAUGCUAUCGACGCUUUCGAAAGAUGUUGAAUUGUUCGAGCACGGUCGUGAUACCAUCAUCAAGGCAACAACACUGAUUCUCAUCUUAACUGGCUCAGAAAGCACAGCUGAGACACUCACAUGGGCACUCUCAUUGUUACUAAACCACCCUCACAUCCUAAAGGCUGCCCAGCAAGAGCUUGACAUCCAUGUAGGAAGAAACAAAUGGGUGGAAGAAUCAGAUACCAAAAACCUAACCUAUCUACAAGCUAUAGUAAAAGAAACACUCAGAAUGUACCCACCCGGUCCAUUAGCCGGACCACAUCAAGCCAGCGAGGACUGCAAUAUCGGUGGAUACCACACGCCCAAAGGGACUCGUUUAAUAGUGAACUUAUGGAAGCUACAUCGCGAUCCACAAGUGUGGUCGGAUCCAAACGAGUUUAAACCCGAGAGGUUUCUUGAGGAACACGCAAACAUAAAUUAUUCGGGUCAGAAUUUUGAAUACAUUCCGUUUAGUUCUGGAAGGAGAAUGUGUCCUGCAAGUUCAUUUGCUUUGGAAGUGAUCCACUUGACACUUGCUCGGUUGCUUCAAGGGUUUGACUUGUCAACGCCAAUGGGGAAGCCUGUGGAUAUGAGUGAAGGGUUAGGAAUUGCAUUGCCGAAAGUGAAACCACUUGAUGUGAUCAUCACUCCAAGGCUUUCUCAAGAUCUCUAUUAAAACAUAGGGUUGUAUGAAAAAAACAAAAUCCUAGCCAGUUACUUGUGCUAUAUAUGGAUUUGUUCCUAAUAUAUAAUUGUUGAAAGUUAUAUUAUAACUAGAAAUAACACAUGCGCGCGUUGUGGCGCGAGUAGAUCGCAAACAUCGAAUGCAUUAGUCCAAACGUUAUGUGAUGCUUUAACCAUAUGAAAACACGCGUUUCGACGUA